AUGAAUCCGUAUCAGAAUACACAAAAUCCUCAAUUAGCCUCGAUUCUGCAGAAUCUAGCCCAGUUCACCCAGCCGAUAACCCCCAACCAUGACCCAAUCCCAGGGCCAGCGACUUCAGCUCCGUCAGUAGCCGUACACGAUGUUCCUUCUACAGCUCAGCCAAACAAGACUUCAUUAGCUGCACCAACUCGAGAUCCGAGAAGACGUCCUACAAUCCCACAGCCAGAUUCUUCGCGCAUAACUGAAUGGCCCCCAGCAGUCAAAUAUGUCAUGAACACACUGUCAAAGAAUCCAGAAACCACUGCGAAGAUCAACCGGCUUAUCAAAAAUCAACACGAAAACGAGAGGCAGUGGUGGGCAGGCAGGGAAGCAUUGAUUGCCAAGCACAAAGGCAGAGUGGAAAGCAAGAAGAAGGCGGAUGAUCUGCUCAGAUCUCUGGGUGGAGCCAGUGGGCAUGGCGUGGCAGAUUCAUCGUCGACAGCACAGGAGGAGAAGGCUGAACUAGAACGUUAUGAUAAGAAGGUUUAUGCUGCACUCGGACAAAUGGUGGCAGCGGUGGACAGAGAGUUGACGAUGCUGAGGGUGCCUUUCUUCGCCAUUAAGCAUGAUUUGGUUUCGAAGAACGAGGGAGAAGACGGCGUUCUCAGUAAGACCAGGUUGAUGGAGCUGCAAAAGAAGAUGCUGCAACUACUAGAGGAUUUGUUUGGUGAUUGA